GAAAGUGUUGACAGGUGAGGGCAGUUCAGGUAAAUGUUCCCGUUAUCGACUGAACGGACGGGGGACAUCAGAGAAUUAAUUGUGCAUCUAUUGUAAUGGGGGAGAAAUCAGAUGUAAGGCGCUCCAGCAUCUGAAUCACCUGUGUACAUUCCAGUAGCAUCUGACAGGUCCACUUGCUCGUGAGAUGCUGCGUCUGUAUGACACAUUCAGCAGUGUCAUCAAGUUCACAGAACUUCCCGACCCCUCGGAGACAUGGGACCUACAGGAUCUGGUAGGAGAAGGGACAUAUGGGGUUGUCCAUUCAGCAAGGCACAAAAAAACAGGUGAGAUAGUGGCAGUGAAAAUCCUUGAAGCCAUCCAUGAGCUGAUAGAAGAAAUAGAGGAGGAAUAUGUCAUCCUCCGCGACCUUGGAAAUCAUCCCAACAUGCCAAAGUUCCAUGGACUCUACCUCCAUCAGUCCGAGUUCCGUGGAGAGGACCAGUUAUGGAUGGUUAUGGAGCUCUGUGGGCGAGGCUCUGUGACACAUCUAGUAAGGGAUCUGAUAAAACAGAAGUCUGGUGGUAUGGAGGAGAGGCUAAUAGCUCACAUCCUCAGUGAAACGUUAAAAGUGCUCGUACAUCUACAUAAAAAUCACAUUAUUCAUCGCGACAUCAAAGGUCAUAAUAUCCUCAUCACAGACGAGGGACAGGUUAAAUUGAUAGACUUCGGUGUAUCCACAAGACUGAAGAGCACCAAUGACCGCCGGCGGACCUCGGUGGGGACGCCCUAUUGGAUGGCUCCUGAGGUUGUAGCUUGUGAACGACAACUAGAGUACAACUAUGAUCUUCGCUGCGAUAUCUGGUCUCUGGGAAUCACAGCCAUUGAGCUAGCUGAUGGAGAGCCCCCAUUGGCUGAUCUUCAUCCAAUGAGAGCUCUCUUCAAAAUUCCAAGAAAUCCGACACCAACUUUGUCCAAACCUGACCAGUGGUCAAACGAGUUCAACGAUUUCAUCUCAAAGUGCCUUAUAAAGGACUUUGAACUUCGACCCCAGGCUAGUGAGUUGCUGAAUCACCCCUUUAUAAGUCAAGUCGCUGCCGAAUCAAGUGUUUACCAGAAGAAGCUCCAUGACCUGACCUCCAGUAUGGAUCAGACCGUACACCAACCAGAUGUCACCGUGAAGAAGGGGCGUCCAAAGUCUCAUCGAAAGUCCAAACGAGGGGAUACGGUGAAAUCCACUGAAGAUCUCGCAACUCUAGAAAUCCUUGAUGAGGGAGUGAUUGUAUCUCAGUUGCGUAGUCGCUAUGAGAACGAGGACAUCUACACCUACAUCGGUGACAUUCUAUUGGCUGUUAAUCCAUUUCAGCCCAUCAACAUCUACAAUGACGAGUAUUCUAAAAUGUACAUGAACGCCGCUAAGGAUGCCAACCCCCCUCACAUAUACGCCGUGGCUGAUCAGUCAUUCCAGAUGAUGAUGCACUACAAAAAGCACCAGUGUAUCGUAAUCAGUGGUGAAUCUGGAGCAGGCAAGACGGAGAGUGCCAACCUCAUGGUCCAACAACUCACGCAGCUUGGCAAGGCUGGCAACAGAACCCUGGAGGAGCGGAUACUGCAGGUGAAUCCUCUGAUGGAGGCCUUUGGUAACGCCAAGACUGUUAUCAACGAUAACUCUAGUCGCUUCGGGAAAUACCUGGAGAUGUUCUUCACAAUUAGUGGCACUGUUGUAGGAGCUAAAAUCACAGAGUACCUCCUGGAAAAGUCCAGAGUCAUAUCACAAGCAAGAGGGGAACAGAACUUCCAUAUAUUCUACUAUAUCCAUGAUGGUCUCAGCUCCGAGGAAAAGAGAAUGGAGUUUUUCCUCAAAGAAAAUGUGCCCUACAGGUAUAUUGAGGAAUACACAAGCAAAGGAUUAGAUAUUGCUGCCAUGGCAAUCAACAGGGUCAAGUUCAAGGCCAUCCAGCACUGCUUUGAUAUCAUUGGCUUUAAACCAAAGGAAGUGUCUUCAGUGAGUGGCAUUAUUUCGUCAAUUUUAAAUCUGGGCAAUGUUAACUUUGAGGAGAAGGAGACGGGCCAUGGAGGAAAUGCUUGUUGUAUUAUAAACAUGCCACUUGUAGAGGCAGUAUCCACAACACUAGGAAUUCCUAAUGUUGAACUGGUAGAGGCUCUAACGACCACAGGAAUGGUUGCACGUGGAGAACUUAUCGUUCGUGGGAACUCUGUCCCAGAGGCGCUGGACGCCCGGGAUGCUAUGGCCAAGGCACUUUAUGGACGAUUGUUCAGCUGGAUUGUCAACCGUAUCAACAUCCUGCUUAAACCCCAGAAGUUUGUUACAAAAAAGGAAGAAGAGAACCACAUCAUCGGAAUCCUGGACAUUUUUGGUUUCGAACACAUUCCUAACAAUUCCUUUGAGCAGUUGUGUAUCAACAUUGCCAAUGAGCAAAUCCAAUACUAUUUCAACCAGCACAUCUUUGCCUGGGAAAUGCAAGAGUACACGAAUGAGGGCCUAGAAGUACUAGACAUCACGUUUGUGGACAAUCGACCAUUACUUGACAUGUUCCUCAUGAAGCCCCUCGGACUGCUGGCCUUGUUGGACGAGGAAAGCCACUUCCCUAAGGCCACCGACAGGUCACUCGUUGAGAAGUUCCACAGAAACAUCAACAAUAAGUACUAUCGCCGCCCGAAAGGCAAUUCUCUGGUGUUCAGCAUCGACCAUUACGCUGGCCGGGUGGAAUACGAUGCCACGGGCUUCCUAGAAAAGAAUCGAGAUCGUCUUCCGGGAGAUGUCUUAAACAUGCUUCGUGCUUCCAACAAUGAGGUUGUUAGGGCUCUGUUUCAAACACCUCUAACCAAAACAGGUAACCUUGCGUCUGGCAGUAUAGCGUCUUCCUUAAGGAGCACACCAAACUCCAGUGCCAUCAGUUCCCCAGCCAGUACAAGCUCUUACGUGAGCGUGAUGAGCUACAACAAACACCAACAAACGUCCGGCAUGGGGGGCAGUCGGAUCUACAGUGCACUUGGUUCAGCUUCAGCUAGUAUGACCAGGAUACAACAGACUGUAGCGACUUACUUCCGAUUUUCUCUGAUGGACCUCCUAGCCAAGAUGGUGGCCGGCACACCUCACUUUGUUAGAUGUAUACGACCUAAUGCAAACAAACAUCCAGAUGAAUUUGAUUCUGAGAAAGUGACGUUACAACUGCGGUACACUGGUGUCUUGGAGACAACGAGAAUACGCAGGGAAGGUUACUCUCACCGAAUACCAUUUGCCGAUUUCCUACGCAGGUACCACAUGCUGUCGUUCCGGUGGGAUGAACGAGUGCCCCACACACGGGACAGUUGCUACACACUCCUGGACAGACUUGGGAUGGACCACUUCGCUCUCGGUAAAACUAAGGUGUUCCUGAAGUAUUAUCAUAUAGAACAGUUGGCCAGGAAGUACGAAACCUAUCAUAGAAAAGUUAUCACCCUCCAGUCUGUAAUACGUAGCUGGCACGCCCGUUCUCUCUUCUACAAGACCAAAUGGAAACGCGAGAAAGCAGCAACUCUCAUUCAAUCACAUUUCCGUGGUUUUGUGGCCAAAAGAAAAUUUCAGAAAGAGUUUAAUCUGAGGAAGGGGGCAGCAGUAGCCAUACAAACAGCCAUAAAGGGCUUCCUAAUCCGUAAAAAAACCCGUCCAGUGAUUCAGAAACGUAGAAAGGCAACUGUACUGAUACAGUCACGGAUCCGAGGUCAUUUGGCGCGGAAAUCAUUACAAGAGAAAAAGUCACUUCAAGUGAAAGAAGAAAAGAGUGCUGUGCUUAUACAGAAAGCAUUCCGUUCAUAUCGAGCCCGUAUCAAUGCACGACAGUUACGAAAGAAACGAAUACAGCAAACGGAACAUUCUGCCACUGUGAUUCAGAAGUAUUAUAGACGAUGGCGAUGUCAGACACUGUAUCAACAGUUACAGUUGUACAAGUCCCAACGAGACACACAAGUCCUGUUCUUCACACAGCAGGUGGAAAUGUACAACCAGGAUAUGUUUCAAAAUUUGAUAAAAAAUAUCAAUCCAAGAAAAAUGGAGACAAAGGUUCAUAAAAAGUCUGCCGCUCCCUCUCCACCUACGCAUGUCAAAUCUACUCCGCCCCCUGUCACAAAACCAGAGGCUCCACCUCCUCCCACGCAGGUGACGAAGGAAGCCGACAAUAUCUAUGCGAAGGUUGUUAAACCAAAAUCGGCAGAUUUACCAGAAGAAAAGAAGCCUGAUGUUAUCGAAGAGAGGCUGGACCAAAUGUCAAGGAUGAAUGAAGUGAAAUCUGUGAUGCCACCGAAAGAAACAAAAUAUUAUGAUGAGCUGAACAAUUUCGUCCCGAAACCUGAUUACCCUGUGGCUGAGGAAGAGGUGCCAGUUACCGUAGUGACAGCAGACAUCCAUCCUCCACCACCUCCGGUACCCGAACACUUAGUUCGGAAAAGUGAGACGAAAUCCUUAAUGAAAGAUGAAAAUGAGUCCUAUUACGAGGAUGUCACUAAGGAUAACUCGGAGGAAACAUUGGCCCAUCCCUCGGAGUCAGACUCCGCCUAUCAUGUGCCCUCGGACCAAAUUGUAGACUGGGAUGUCCCUCUACUCCAAGCUAAACAUAAUGCUCUCUCACUCAUUAAGGAAAAAACAAAGGGGUCCCUUAAACCUGUCGACGACACGGAGGGCAUUGGCGAUACCGACUUUGAGAGAACAAAAUUGGCCCGUUCCAUCGCAGAAGCUAUUUUGAACAAUGGCGAUUCCUCUAUUCCCUUAACCAAUGGUCACCAUUACAUAGAGGAAGACCCGGCCCCUGUCCAUGAGGAGCUCCAAUCAGAAUCUAGUAAGCAGGAGCUGGCAAAACGAUUGGAGGAUGAAUGUACUGGAAGUGUUGUGUCACUAUGGCAACAACGACAGAGGAAACCAUUUGAGAAUGGAGUAAAUGGAAAUGACAUUCCCACACCCCCACCCCCUCCCUCCCACCCACCUCCCAGUAUCCCCCGCAACAGGAUGGCAGCCCCUGUACUAACUAUUCCUCCCCCACCCUCAUCUCCGCCUCCCCCCACCCCUCCCAGGAAAUCGCCCUCCCCGGAAGUUCUGAAAACAACACCAAAGGUUGAUGUCAAUGGCAAUGAGAAUGGGAUAUCCCCGCCGUCUGCUAGCAAAGUAAAAUUUGCAUUAACGCCGUCCAUAAUACCUCCAUCCAGUACUAAUGGGCAUGUCAAUGGCAGCAGCGAAAGCAUCGACCCACCAUCAAAUUUCAGAAUGAGGCUUCGAAAAACAAACAUUGACCUGUCUCAAGACAAUAUAUUCAAAGCUUCCACAAAUACAACUGAGCCAAAACAUUUUGAUUUCCGUUCACGGCUUAAGAAAACCGGCAGAAUACCAGAGACGUGAAUAAUCAAAGUUUGCUUCAUGGAGUUUUAUUAACAAUUUUGGAGUAUUUCAUCUGAUAUAUGUAGCAAUGUUUUCACUGUGAUCAAUUAAGCAAUAUUUUUUUACAUUUUACACAUGCCAAAAUGUCUGAACCAAUGAGAAUUUAAAUGUACAAAGUUCAGGUGUAACAGAAAUGUAUGCGAGGGUAUGGUGAUUUAACAUAUGUACCCUUAGUCUGCUCUGAAGUAUAACCGCUGUAGCAGCCAGAGUCGGCUCUCACUUCUGAAGUAAGUGUCUUCAGAUGUAGUGGCCGUAGGCGACUCUCACUUCUGAAGUAAGUGUCUUCAGAUGUAGUGGCCAUAGUCGACUCUCACUUCUGAAGUAAGUGUCUUCAGAUGUAGUGGCCGUAGUCGACUCUCACUUCUGAAGUAAGUGUCCUCAGAUGUAGUGGCCAGAGUCAACUCUCACUUCUGAAGUAAGUGUCCUCAGAUGUAGUGGCCGUAGUCGACUCUCACUUCUGAAGUGUCCUCAGAUGUAGUGGCCAGAGUCAACUCUCACUUCUGAAGUAAGUGUUCUCAGAUGUAGUGGCCGUAGUCGACUCUCACUUCUGAAGUGUCCUCAGAUGUAGUGGCCAGAGUCAACUCUCACUUCUGAAGUGUCCUCAGAUGUAGUGGCCGUAGUCGACUCUCACUUCUGAAGUGUCCUCAUAUGUAGUGGCCGUAGUUGCUCUCACUUCUGAAGUAAGUGUCCUCAGAUGUAGUGGCCAGAGUCGACUCACUUCUGAAGUGUCCGCAGAUGUAGUGGCCGUAGGCGACUCUCACUUCUGAAGUAAGUGUUCUCAGAUGUAGCGGCCAGUCGACUCUCACUUCUGAAGUGAACUAAUUAUCACAGAAUAUACAUACACCUGAUUCUUUUUCAUGAAGACAAUAAACCAUUAGAAUUAGAACCAAAUUUAGAGCAUUGGUACCUAAAUAUGUAUUGUUUUAUUGGUGCAUGUUAUUGAAGAUUUCAGUCACAUUCCAAUUGACUUUUAAAACAUAUCAUCUACUGUAUUUAACAUUGACCUUUAUGAAACAGGCUUUAAAACAUAUCAUCUAUUUAACAUUGACUUUUAUGAAACAAAGCAUCUAUUUAACAUUGACUUUAAUGAAAAAGACUUUAUUAAUGAGAUCAUGUUAAAUUCACUGCCAGGGAAUUUGUACCACCAUUCAAGGGAGAUAAUCCACACAUUCUAACUUCAUGUGUCAUGGCUGUCCAAUGUCAGUUGAUAAUUGUAAUAUUCAAGGGAGAUAAUCUAACAGCAUAUCAUGAUUCCGAGAGACCUUAACAAUGAUAUAUAUUUCGAUGUUGAGGUAUAUCAUUUAACAAACAUGAUGACAUCAUAUAUAUUUAUAUAUAUUCUAUAGAUCUGUAUACAAAUAUCAUUAAGUCACGUACAAUGUACACUUGCAGUUCACUUAAAUAUCUGAUAUCUUAACCCUUAUAAAAAAUACAUACAGAUUGUACAUGUACAUAUGAAAGACUAAUUCAAAGUUUAACAUCGGUGUUCAUAUGCAUGGAGAUUAUAACAUUUUUAUUGUGGCAUAUGAAACAGCAUUUCCCAGUUAGUUCAUUGAAUAAUGAAGUGAGAGAAUUGUCAGUUACCGUUUAGUUCAGCUGGAAAAGCUGAAUGUUUAGAUAGUUUAGUCAUAAAUGGAUAGUAGUAUAAAGAGAAAAAAGAAAGUUAGAAUUAUCAUUUCAGUAUGUGGUAGAGUUAACACUAAUAUUUCUGAAUUAAUUGACAGAAGUGAAUGUUGAAAAUGUCCUACUUGCUCAGCCAUUCUCCAUUUGAUUACUGAUCACUACCAAUGAAAUAGAAACAUCGAAUUGUUACACAUUCCAAGAACUCUGUGAUGUUUACAUAUGACAUCUAUAUAUAGUAACACGAAUCUUUAUCUGUGUUCUGUGCAAAUAUAUUACAUUGAUGUUUACCUAUAUUCUGUGCAAAUCUAUUUAUAGUAACAGUGAUGUUUACCUAUAUUCUGUGCAAAUCUAUUUAUAGUAACAUUGAUGUUAACCUAUAUUCUGUACAAAUCUAUUUAUAGUAACAUUGAUGUUUACCUGCCAUGUAUUUGAUGAAAAUCCUUUUAUAGUAACAGUGUGAUGUUUACCUGUAUUCUGUAAGAGUCUAGGGUAUAGUCACAUAGAUGUUUACCUGUGUUCUGUACAAAUCUAUUUAUAGCAACAUUGAUGUUUACAUAGGUUAUGUGCAAAUCUAUUUAUAGUAUCAUUGAUGUUUACCUGUGUUCUGUGCAAAUCUAUUAAUAGCAACAUUAUUUUUACAUGUUCUGUACAGAUAUAUUCAAAGUAACUUUAUAGUGUGUAUUCAUGUAUAGAACACAUCUAUUUAUAGUAACAAUGAUAUUUAACUAUGCACCAAUCUAUUUAUAGUAACAUUGAUGUUUACCUGUGUAUAGAACACGUUUAUUCAUUGUAACUCUCCACUUCAGUUUGGUGUAAACAUCAAUAUGUCCGACAGAAAUCUCUGUCAUUUGUAUUAAAUAUAUUUUUAUUAUUUUUUACAAUGUACGAAAUACAAUCCUUAUGAUCUCUUAAUACUUACUACCUGUUUAUUGAACAAAGACACCAAUGAGAGGUUGACACCUAUAAUUCUGUCCUACGUGGUCAAUACUGAAAGUAGGUAAAACUACAGCUGUUUUGGUCUUUAUUGUCUGAACACGAAAAGAAAAUGUAAAUCUGCCUGAGAGAUUACUCGAUGACCAAAGUUUCAACAUUUUCAGAUAUAGGAUAAUCCUAAGUUUUAUUUUCAUGCGUGAAAAUUUGACUGAAUUUGUCCGAAAGAAUUUAUUCACCAUAUGCGUUCAUAACUAUAAUGUCUAAUUAGAUUUUCAUUUUAAAUAUUUUCAUCGUUAUAAUUCCAUGUGAUAAACUGGGUUGUUAUCCUAAAUAAUGUUGUUGUUUUUUUCUCUCUAGAUCUAUUUUCUGAAAGUACUUAUAUAUUUCUCACUGUGUUUACAAAUUUUAAGUUAAGGUUAAAAAGUAGUUUGGUUAAAUGUUAAAAACACAAUGACAAAUACUUUUAUUGAAGAAAAAUUUCUUUUGUCAGAUCUCAAAUAAGGAUUGCUAAACCUUGUUAUCUUGGAGUCAGUGGGAUCACAAUAAACUCGAGAUAUCAUGUAUAUUUGAGGGAACCGUGUAAUUUAAUACAUUAUGUAAAAUGUUUUACCAGGUUCUAGAUGACAAGGUUUGACAGUACAGGUCUGGGUUUUUUUUUAGUCAAAAAUUUCAAAGUCUUUUUAUUUGUAUUCCAUAUUCUGUGAAGAUUACCCUGAAGGGGGGGUAACUGUUGAGAGUAUAGUGCUCAAACAGAUCCAAAAUAUGUGAGAUUAAUUCAGAGAGAGAGAGAUUUGGGACAAGAGGGCCCACAGCAUAUUUUGACAGGAACCAUAAAGUUUAUUUUACAUGUAUGUAAGAGUUUAUGAUAAAAGAU